GCGCUGGGCGGGGCCUGGCAUGCGAGGCGGAGCCGAGAAGCGAGUGCGGUGGUAAACGCCGCCCGGGUCUGGUCUUGUGGCGGAGCUGCUAUGGUUACUCUUCAGCAACAAGGACACUUAAAACUGGCCAGAGCUGAUGCUAUUUGCUCACGUCUCAUCGACACUUUCUCUCUCAUAGAGCAUUUGCAAGGCUUGAGCCAAGCUGUGCCACGGCACACUCUCCAGGAGAUAACUGAUCCUUCCCGUCAGAAGAAGCUCAUGAUGGGAGAUCAACAUCAGCUAGUACGCUUCUCCGUAAAGCCUCGACAUGUGGGGCACGUUUCUCAUGCCCAGCGAAUGCUGAGCAGGCUUCCUGUGCGGUGCAGUUGGAGACCACCUCUUUCCUUGUGGGCUGGAUGGGUUCUUGCGAGUCCUAUCUUCUCAAAUUUCAUCAUCUCCCUCAUCUUUUUGAAUACAAUUGUACUGAUGGUCGAAAUAGAAUUGCUGGAAUCCACAAAUACCAAACUGUGGCCAUUGAAGCUGACUUUAGAGGUGGCAGAUUGGUUUAUUUUGUUUAGUUUUGUCUUGGAGAUCCUUCUAAUGUGGCUGUCCAGCUUUUUUCUCUUCUGGAAGAAUGCCUGGAAUGUCUUUGACUUUGUUGUUACUAUGUUGUCCUUGCUUCCUGAAAUUAUGAAGUUGAUAGGAGUCUCAGGAGAGUCAGUGUGGCUGCAGCUGCUGAGGAUCUGCCGUGUACUGAAGUCUCUCAAACUGUUUGCACGAUUCCGUCAAAUUCGAGUUAUUAUUUUGGCUCUGAUGAGGGCCCUGAAGAGCAUGACCUUCCUCUUGAUGUUGCUGCUUAUCUUCUUCUACAUUUUUGCUGUGACUGGUGUCUACUUCUUUGAAGAUUACUCUCGUUCAACUCUUGAGAACCUGGAAUACAACAUGUUCUUCUCGGACCUCCUGAAUUCCCUAGUGACAGUGUUUAUUCUCUUCACCUUGGAUCAUUGGUAUGCAAUGCUUCAGGAUGUCUGGAAGGUGCCAGAAGCCAGCCGUGUCUUUAGCAGCAUCUAUGUGAUCCUUUGGUUGUUACUUGGCUCCAUUAUCUUUAGAAAUAUCAUCGUAGCCAUGAUGGUUACUAACUUUCAGAAUAUCAGGAAUGAGCUCAAUGAGGAGAUGAUACACUUGGAAGUUCAAUACAAAGCUGAUGUAUUCAAGCGGCGGAUUAUCCAGAGGAGACAAAACUUAUCUCCUGAAGCAGCAAGGUAAAUUCGUAGUAAAAUGGAUGACAGGAAAGCCAGUCAAAGAAAGAUCUCUGAGGACUUAUCAGAAGCUUCUAAAGAGGAGUCUGAAAUCAGCGUGGCUGAAGAAGGUGCUGCUGAGCACACUGAUGCUGAGCACAGUGCUACUGAGCACAGUGAUGCUGAACACAGUGAUGUUGAACGAGGUGAUACUGAGUGCAGUGAUGCUGAACACAGUGGUGUUGAACGAGGUGAUACUGAGUGCAGUGAUGCUGAACACAGUGAUGCUGAACAAAAUAAGGCCAAAAAUCUUCCUGCCCUAGCCUCCAAGUGCUGGGAAUAUGGGCAUGCACAAAAUAUCCAGAUAAUACUAGUGAUCAUGUCCUCCUCUUUUUCUUCCUCCUUCUCCUUCUCCUCUUCCUCUUCUUCCUCCUUCUCCAACUCUCAGUCUUCCUACCCUAGCCUCCAAGUGCUGGGAGUAUGGGCAUGUGCAAGUUAUCCAGAUGAUAAGUUGGAUUGGGAGACUCUUGUGCAUGAGAAUCUGCCUGGGCUAAUGGAUAUGGAUCAGGAUGACCGUGUUGUUUGGCCUAGAGAUUCACUCUUCCGAUAUUUUGAGUUACUGGAAAACCUUCAGUAUAACAUAGAGGAGCGCAAGAAGUUACAAGAAUUUGCAGUACAGGCACUAAUGAAUUUUGAAGACAGGUAAAGCUUACAACAGAUGGCUUCUGUAUCUUUGGGCCCAGCAAAAGAUAUGAAGGGAAUAGUUGGAAAUAGAGAAUUCAGUAUAUAAAUGUCUAAUAAAGACUGCUAAUAAAUACUUCUGGUAAGUUAACUAAAUAUUUUUCUAAUAUGUAGAUGUUACUAAAAGGCAAAAA